AUGAGGAUAUGGCUUGUCACUGUUUUCGGCUCCACAAUUUCCCUAGCCAGUAUUGUAGAAAAUGUUUUUUUCUUCUUCCAUUUCCUCAGACGGUGAGUUGGCGGGUAUAAAUUUAGAUUUUUUAUUACACAAUAAGCUGGCUUUAUUUUAGAAAACACCACCGAACCACCUACAACAUCUACAUGAUGAUGAUUGCCUUCUUCGACGUGUUUGUCAGUCUUGCCUAUAUCUUCUUGAUGAGUGUGGGAGUGUUUGCAGAAUACCAUGAACUGCCUGGGGUUAUCAAAGUGUACUAUCAUUACAUGCCUCCCAUGUUGACCAUAUCACAUAUUGCCAUAACCACCACUUCUUUCCUCAUUUUGGCAGCUACAUUUGAAAGAUUUUGUAUUACUUUAAACACAAGUUGGGCUCCCAUAGUUCAACGUAGACGACAAUGGAUUGUUUUCCUGGCUAUUCUGAUGGGAGUAAUAAGUAAAGGCGGGAUAUUUAUUGAAAUGAAAGUAGGUAAAAAAUAAAAUGUCCUAUUCUUCAGGUGGUAAUCUUUGAGGAAUGUCGAGGUCAAAUGACCGAAUACGGUUUGGCCAUGGAACCUUUCAGUGGACCCGACACCCCGUACAACGACGUGAGUCUUAAACUAUUUGAACUUAUAUUCAAAGUACUUCCGAUUCUAUUAUCGUAACUUCGUCACCAUAUUCUUCCCGUUCUUCGCCCUGUUUUGGCUGAAUAUUUUAAUUGUCCGAGCUCUUCACAAACAAGAGAAGUACGAAAGCGUGUCCAACAACAAUGCGCAGACAAAAAGAAAGGUAACUGUUGUGAUUACAUCUACGGCCGCAAAAAAUAUUGUUCUAAACCACACAUCUUCAGGCCCAAGCUAGGGCAGCCACCAGGACAAUGGUGCUCGUCGUGUGUACAUAUCUCGUCUCCAAUAUUCCAAAUGUUGUUAUUACCACUUGGGAACAUGUGGACAAGGAUUCUCUAGUGGCGAAAGAGAAGUAAGUAAACAAAAUGAAACGUCAUCAGAAUGCCCUAGAUUUUAUGCAAUUUCCAUAGACAUGUUGUCCAUCCUUACGAACAUGGCAUGUGCUUUUCGCCCAAUAAUUUACAUGUUAUGUCAAGCACCGUUGAGAAAAGAAGUUGCGCUCUCUCUGAGGGAAUCUUACAAGAAAUGCAUGAGUACUCGGAAACGACCUGCCCCUCAGGUAUUGUUUAUAUACAAAGUAUAUAAUUAUUCUACAAAUCUGUAACACUUUGCAAUUUUUAGUCAGUCACGCCCUGUAAAGGCCAGGCUUGUACGUUGACGUUGAGUUCAAAAGAUGGUGAAAACAAUAUUGAAAGUGUCUUAAAACCUGCUCAGUCGAUUGUAUCGAGCUUUGACGCGGAUUCUGAAGCUCAGAAUUCAGAACUCUCAUCCCGAUUACUCUCCAACAUGAACAACGAAACUCUACUAUGA